GCUCCAGUUUGAGGAAGUUUCACUUUUUACUCUGAAACUCACCUGAGCUCAUUUAGCGGUUUCCUGUUUGUUUGUUUGUUGGUUUGAACUCAACCUCCGACACCACGUGGCGGUUCGACAGGACGACGCAGAUAUGACGUCAGCAUCUGACCUGGAGCAGCUCGCGGACAUUGAGCUGCUGAGGGAGGAAGAGGAGGAUGAGGAGGAAGACGAUCAGACGCGUGUCACAGACGCUCCGCCCUCAGUCCUUCCUGACUCCUCCCACCCGUAUUACGACGUGGCUCGACACGGCGUCGUCCAGGUCUCAGGAGACGACAAGUACGGCAGGAAGUUGAUCGUCUUCAGCAGCUGCUGUUUGCCUCCGUCCCACCAGCUGAACCACCGGCGGCUGCUCGAGUACCUGAAGUUCACGCUGGACCAGUACGUGGAGAUGGACUACAUCCUGGUUUACUUCCAUCACGGCCUGAGGAGCAGCAACAAGCCGUCAAUGAAGUGGUUACGAGAAGCGUACAACGAGUUCGACAGGAAGUACGUCACCUCGCCGUUCUCCCUGGAACCCGAAGACGUUCUUAAAUUAAAGUCCUCACUUUGUUUCAGGUACAAGAAGAACCUGAAAACUCUUUACGUCGUUCAUCCCACGAACUUCAUCCGAAUCGUCUGGAACAUCUUCAAACCUCUGAUCAGCCACAAGUUUGGGAAGAAGCUGACGUACGUGAACUUUCUGGACGAACUGAGAGAACACGUGAACUACGAGCAGCUCAUCGUCCCACCAGACGUCCUCAGACAUGAUGAAAAGUUACGAGCGGCUCAGAAAGGCGGAGCCCCUCCCCCAGUGAAGAGGCCGCCGCCCCGCCCCCCCCUGCCCACUCAGCAGUUUGGAGUCAGUCUUCAGUACAUCAGAGAGAAGAACCGGGACGAGCUGAUUCCUCCGGUGCUGCUUCAGACGGUUCGAUACCUGAAGGACAAGGGUCUGAGGACAGAGGGACUCUUCCGGCGCUCGGCUCGAGUUCAGCUCAUUAAGGACGUUCAGAAACUCUAUAACCUUGGGAAGCCUGUGAACUUUGAUCUUUACGGUGACGUCCAUGUUCCGGCUGUGAUCCUGAAGACAUUCCUCAGAGAACUCCCUGAACCUGUGCUCACGUUCCGAGUCUACAGCCAAGUCCAGGACAUCCUCAAUGUGGAGAACAUCCUCCGAGUGACGACAUGCAAACAGAUUGUUGAAAGUCUUCCUGAACAUAAUUUCAUUGUAUUGAAGUUUCUGCUGAGUUUCCUCCACAUGGUGUCUCAGGAGAGCAUCAAUAACAAGAUGAGUGCGUCCAACUUGUCGUGUGUGUUUGGGGUGAACCUGGUUUGGCCUCGUCAUGGUUCCAUCUCCCUCACGGCUCUGACGCCCAUCAACAUCUUCACCGAGCUGCUCAUCGAACAUUUCCUCACCGUGUUCGCUUCUCGCCGUCCGGCGGGAGAAGUGGCGCCGUGAGACAGCAGGUCAGCGCCGCCCUGGAUCCUCCAACAUGUUUCUCCACAUUUAUAAAGAUCUGCUUUGUGUCAGAUGACGACUGAAUGAAAUCUGUUCCCAGGAUGUUUUGACCUUUUUAGCUUGAAAAAGAGCAGAUUGACUGAACCCUCCUCUCUGAGGAUUUGAUGUUUCACUGUCCAGCUGCUCUGAGCUCGUUAGUUCUUUGUAUUUCCGGUGUUAGCUGAGCUGCUUAUUUUCUUCACCUUCUCCACUCACAUUUCAUUCUGACAACGUCCGGUCGACAAGCAGUAAAACCAAAACAUGCCUUUAAAUAAAUAAAUAGCCAUUCAUUAAUGUUUUGAAUUCGCAUUUCAGCUUCUGGUUUGAGUCCUAAUAAAUAAAACCUGAAAUGUUGUGGUGUAAAAUAACACAUGUGAUUCAGUGACCUUUGACCUUUUUAAUACCAAAAUGCACUUUUUACGUUUCAAUAAAUCACCUGAAAGUUCAUAA